UGUUAAGUAAUAGAAAUGACAUCCGCUUUUGCUUUUGCUGCUGGAACCUCAUCUUCUUUCUUACUCCCAACCACCCACAAACCUAAACAUUCAAACCUCCGUUACCCUUUGACGGCGCCUACGAUAAGAUCCGAAAGCAUGGCCACUGAGAAACUCGGUAUCAAAGUGGAAACCAACCCUUCUGAAUCCAAACUUUCCCAGCUUGGCGUGCACCAGUGGCCCAAGUGGGGUUGUCCUCCUAGUAAAUUUCCAUGGACAUAUAGCUCAAAAGAGACAUGUUAUCUGUUGGAAGGGAAAGUAAAGGUGUACCCAGACGGUAGCAACGACUUUGUGGAGAUUGGUGCUGGCGAUUUGGUUGAGUUUCCCAAAGGGAUGAGUUGCACUUGGGAAGUUUCAGCUGCUGUUGACAAACACUAUAAAUUUGAAUGAGUGCUUUCUCUUUUCUCCAUUGUCAUUAUGAAAUAAUAUCAAUGCUUGGCUGAUGUAAGAGCUACCCAUACUGUCUAAGUUUGAAUAUGAUAUCUGCUUCUCAGUA